AUGCAGCCGUCGCAUCAGGUCGGCAGGCGUGUACAACGUUGGAUAUGCGCCUCAUGUAGAUCCAGACUUGGCCAAUCUUUCGAAGCUCGCAAAGGCUUUGCGACAUCAAGCAGGCAGAAUGCAAAGGCCAAACUGCCUAGCACGCCUGUACGAACUCGAUUCGCACCCUCUCCAACCGGAAACCUUCACCUAGGUUCGAUCAGGACUGCACUAUUCAACUACUUGCUAGCAAGACGUACCAAGGGUCAGUUCUUACUUCGAAUAGAGGAUACAGAUCAGAAACGUACGAUUCCUGGUGCUGAACAGCGUCUAUAUCAAGAUCUGCGAUGGGCUGGUUUGCAAUGGGAUGAAGGUCCAGAGGUUGGUGGUUCCUACGGUCCUUAUCGUCAGUCUGAACGACUUCCUAUCUACACCUCGCACGUUCAAACGCUACUACAAAAUAAAUCAGCAUACCACUGUUUCUGCUCGUCUGAACGUAUAGACCAAUUGAAUCGACUUCGCCACGAUAGAGGUCUCCCUUUAGGCUACGAUCGAAAAUGCAUAGACAUACCUGUCGAAGAGGCUGAAGAUCGAGCAUCUCAUGGAGAAGGCCACGUCGUUCGUUUUCGAGUGCCUGAUCAGUAUCCCAUGUAUGAUGACCUCGUAUAUGGAAACUCAGGCCAUGGAACAGGCAGGAAUCUGAAGAAGCAUCUGAUGGAUGAACCUGUAUUUGACGACCCGGUGCUCAUCAAGUCAGAUGCCUUCCCAACAUACCAUUUUGCCAAUGUGGUUGACGAUAAGCUCAUGCAAAUUACCCACGUUAUUCGAGGUACAGAAUGGAUGUCGUCUACUCCUCUCCAUGUUGCGCUCUACAGAGCUUUCCAAUGGACUCCACCUCGUUACGGCCAUGUUCCGCUCCUGGUCGAUCAGAAUGGACAUAAGUUGAGCAAGCGCAAUAUGGAUUCCGACGUUGCGAGCUUCCGUGAAAAGGGCGUUUUCGCAGAGGCUUUGACCAACUUUGCUGCUCUGCUAGGCUGGUCUCAUCAGCAAAAAUCGGAUGUCAUGGAUCUCGUUCAACUAGAAGAGAUAUUUAGUUUGAAGUUCACUAGAGGAAACACGAUUGUUGCUUUCGAGAAACUUCAUUACCUCCAAGAAAAGCACGCUCUUGCUCGAAGACGAGGUCUACAGGGCGAAGAGAAGCAAAACCAGAUGAUCCGAGAUGUUUCAGUCGAGCUAUUGAAUGUCCACGGUGCUGGAAGUAUUAUGAACUUCCUCGGUGGACGCAAGUUGCAGGAUGUGGUGGCUGUUUUGCUUCACGUCGAUUCAAUACCUUAUCGAGAUGCUUCUCAGUUCGUUUCAGAUUUGCAACUCUUUUUCACAGAUGACAGCCUGAGGAGUAGGAAGCCGCUGCAAGACGUGGUUCCUGAAGUGGUACUGUAUCCAGAUCUUCGUGUCGCCGUCAGCACGCUUUUCUUCAUUCCAGAGGAAUACUGGAAUGAGGCGCAGAUUAGUCAUCAUUUCAAGGAGCUUGCAGUCAAUCUAGGAAGGGGCCCUGAAGAAGCGCAGCACAACACAGCUCUCUUGAAGCAGAGGCUGUAUCAGUUCUUGCGCUGGGCUUUACUAGGUGGUGCGAAUGGACCGCAUAUUCCACAGGCGAUGGCCAUACUCGGAAGAAAAAUAUCAGAAACAAGAAUACGAGAUGCUAUCAUGGCUACUCGAGAGAUUGAAAAUGAAAGCACGAGUGCAAAAGUCGAUGUAGCGACUAUUCCGGGAAAGAAGCAAGAGCGUGGAUGGCAAGCACAUCGCCUGCCUUCGCAAGCUGCUGCUCCUUCGUAG